AUGGCCUCCCUCUCGCAACAAAAACCUGCGCCUGCGCUUUCCCGCAGCGACUCGACCCGCUCUAAGAACCGUGGACGCGCCAUCGUCAAGCCUAUCCUGAAGAAGCUCAGCUCCCAUUCCAACUCCGACAGAGGCUCCUUCGAUUUCGACCCCGGCUGGGAUGACCAACCCUCCCCCCUCACCCGCCCCUCAGCUGACUAUGACAACCUCUUCCCUGACGCCGCUGCUGCCUGCGACGCUUCGGCUCCUUCUAUCCCCCACGUCGACGCCUCCAGACCCCGAGACGUGAGCUUUUCGACAUCGCCAUCUGUUGAGUACCCGACUUGGCGAUCUAAGAACAGGUACUCUUCCCAUAUGCGCUCGACUAGUGGUACUUCGUCGCACGCCUCGUCCAUUGCUACGAGCGUCAGCGCCCGCAACGGAACAUUUGUCCACCCUUGCCAGCAGACUCCCAGGACGGCUACACCCUCUCUGUCAUAUGCCAAUUCCUUUGCUUCCCUUGACACAUCCGGACCUGGCCCCCGCGACUGUGCCUCCACCAUCACUGAGCACGACGACGACCUAAUCUCACCCACCGAUUCCCGCCCGCGCGCAACUUCUCUAACCAGAUCGACUACUUCGCCGCCGCUUCAGCCCUAUGCCCUCGGCCCGCUCCUUCGUGGAACCUCAAUCGACGAACCUCGCGACGCUCGCGACUCUCGCCCUUACCUAGUUCUUGCCGACGGCACCCGGGCGUCUAGGCUGAUGCCCACCGCCCGCUCCAACUCGGGUCCCACGGCUGUGUUCAAGUCCGAGUUCGCUACUCAAGAAUCCCCCACAGCUCCCCUCCUUAUGGCCUCUUCGGGAACGCCUACCUCAGCUUCACCCCUGUCGCCCCUGCGCAACUCUCUCGACUUAAGCGGCUUCCGUCUGCGCUCUCGCAGCGAUGUCGACACCCGAACUCAUCAGGAGCAGGUCCGUGAUGCCCGUCGCAAGUUUCAAGAUAGGGAAAAGAUGAAGGACGAAAAAUAUGCCCAGAAGCAGCUGCGCCGGCGUGACCGUGCCAACAGCCGUGACCGUGCCAAGAUUCGCAAGAACACAAUUGGUUCUACCUCAACCGCCAGCGACGAGAAGCCCGACUUUGCAACGACUGGUGCCUACCACAACCUUUCUGCUGGCAAGACACCGGUGACUGCCGAUGAAGUCCACUUUCAGCGACCCAAGCGUCGCAAGACGGCCAAGCACAAGACCAACGGCGCCUGGACGGCGUUUAUGCUCUGGUUCAGAACACGGCUACUUAGACUGGGCAGACACUAG